AUGGCUGCGGUGUCGGAGGCUGGCGCCAUCGUGCGUCAGGGCCACCUUCGUAAAUUGAAGACGAUGAAGAAGAAGUAUUUCGUGCUGCGCGCGGAGACGGCUGAGAGCUCCGCGAGGCUGGAGUACUACGAGAGCGAGAAGAAGUUUAGAUCGGGUGCUGCACCGCGGCGCGUACUCCCACUCAAGAGGUGCUACAACAUAACCAGGAGGUUAGACCUGAAGCAGAAACAUGUGAUUGCCCUUUUCACAUGCGAGGAACAGCUCUGCAUAGUAGCAGAGAAUGAACAGGAUUUGCACGCCUGGUUGGCAGCUAUAUUAAAACUGUUUCGCAAUGAUGAUGCAAGUGCUGAACUCCUACAUCCCAUACAACACGUGUGGCAGGUGAACGUACAAAAGAAGGGCCUCGGCGCAUCCAAAAACAUCCAAGGGCUUUACAACCUCUGCCUCACAGACAAAACCCUUACAUUGGUGAAGAUUAAGAGCCACAACAACAUCAUCAGCGAUCUGGUAAAUCCUGAGCGCGUGGAGUUUUCCUUGAAGAAUAUCAGAUGUUGUGGGGACUCCGAAGCCUUCUUUUACAUGGAGGUGGGUCGGCAGACUGUGACCGGAGCUGGUGAGCUCUGGAUGCACUCAGAUGACUCCAACAUCGCGCAGAGCAUGAACUCCACUAUCUAUCAGUGA